AAAAGUUUUGCUUUAUUUUUUUUUGUUGUUGCUUUAAAAAUAAAGGUACAGCAUGAUUGGUAAAACUAAAUAAAAAUUUGAUGUAGACUUUAAUUUUUAAAAGUAAAGCUACAUUAUGAUUGGUAAAAUUUAGUGAUUUAAAAUAAAUAAAGCUAAAGUAGAAAGAUAAAACUCAUAUAUUUUCUUAAAACAACUCUAAAUUAAAAGACAAAAUGGAAAAAAAGUAUUGGAAGAUGUGAAGACCAACGAACGAAAGCUUGCCCGUUGACACAACAAAAAUCAACCCAUAUAUUUUCUUAAAACAACUCUAAAUUAUUUUUUACACAAGAUACAUUCAUCUAUUCUUCUAUUCAUAUAGAUAGUUGAUAUCACGUUCAUCCAACGGCUAAUAACAAAUACACGUCGUAAGUCAAUAUUGGUUCAGCUUCGGCACAAAACUCUCAAGGUACAACGUGAGAAGCUCUAAGAAAACGUGAAAGCCACAACUAGUAUAUUAUCAAACAACACAAAACACACACGAACACAAAUAAAGACAAAGACAAUGAUUGUUCAGACAAAUGUGUACCUACAUGAUUCUAUUCAUUCCUCUCUCUCGCCAAACUCAGGGACACAAACUCUCUCUGUCCAAUAUAUAUAUAUACUAACUCGCAUCACACAAUUCUGAACAAAGAACAUUUCUUGGGAACUUAAAACUAACAUUGAUCGAGAGAAAUGAGUAAGUUUGGUAGGUCUUUGUUGGGUGUAAGCCUAUUACUGACCGUUCUUCUAGCGGCAGCCACCACCGCCGCAGAGUACUACAAUUACGGAAGUGCCCUUGACAAGACCUUCUUGUUCUUUGAGGCUCAGCGAUCAGGGAAGUUGCCUGCUACUCAACGCGUCAAAUGGCGUGGCCAUUCUGGUCUCAAGGAUGGUCUUGCUCAAGGCGUGAGCUUGGAAGGAGGAUAUUAUGAUGCAGGAGACCAUGUGAAAUUCGGUUUACCAAUGGCUUUCUCAGUGACAAUGCUAUCGUGGGCAGCGGUUGAUAACCGGAAAGAGCUAUCCGGUUUGAACCAGAUGCAACAGACAUUGUGGUCAAUCCGAUGGGGUACUGAUUACUUCAUCAAAGCUCAUCCUCAGCCUAAUGUUCUAUGGGGUCAAGUUGGAGAUGGACAAUCAGACCAUUACUGUUGGGAACGUGCUGAAGACAUGACAACUUCAAGAACAGCUUAUAAGCUUGACCAGUACCAUCCUGGCUCAGACUUAGCUGGUGAAACCGCUGCUGCUUUUGCCGCUGCUUCUUUGGCUUUCAAGCCUUAUAACUCCUCUUACUCUGCUAUCCUCUUAAGCCAUGCUAAAGAGCUCUUCUCAUUUGCUGACAAGUACAGAGGAUUAUACACUGAUUCAAUCCCAAAUGCAAAAGCUUUCUACAUGUCAUCUGGUUACUCGGAUGAGCUUCUUUGGGCUGCAGCUUGGCUACACCGUGCCACCGGGGACCAGUACUACUUAAAAUACACUAUAGACAAUGCCGGUUACAUGGGUGGAACUGGCUGGGGGAUGAAAGAGUUCUCUUGGGAUAACAAAUACGCUGGUGUUCAAGUCCUUCUCUCCAAGGUAUUGUUAGAAGGUAAAGGCGGUCCGUAUACUUCAACAUUGAAGCAGUAUCAGAUGAAGGCUGAUUACUUCUCUUGUGCUUGUCUCAAGAAGAAUGGUGGCUACAACAUUCAAACAACUCCUGGUGGUUUGAUGUAUGUUAGAGAGUGGAACAAUCUGCAAUAUUCAUCUGUGGCUGCGUUUCUUCUUGCGAUUUAUUCUGACUAUCUCUCAGCAGCGAACGCUAAACUCAACUGUCCUGAUGGUUCGGUUCAACCUCGAGCACUUCUAGACUUUGCUAGAUCUCAGGCUGAUUACAUUCUUGGAAAGAACCGUCAAGGAAUGAGUUACUUAGUUGGAUAUGGACCAAAAUAUCCAAUCCGAGUUCACCAUAGAGGCGCUUCAGUCCCUUCAAUCUUUGUUCAACAUUCUUCUGUGAGCUGUGUACAAGGAUUUGAUUCUUGGUAUAGAAGAGCACAAGCUGAUCCUAAUGUUAUCCAUGGUGCUCUUGUUGGUGGACCAGACCAGAAUGAUAACUAUUCCGAUGACCGGACAAACUACGAGCAAUCAGAACCAACUUUGUCAGGCACAGCCCCACUCGUUGGUCUAUUCGCUAAACUCUCUGUAGGAUCUUACGGAGGAGGAUAUUCCAAACCUUACCAAACAACAAAACCACCAGCUUCCUCAUACAAAGCAACACCAACAACAUACACUCCAAAGCAAUCAGGUGCACCAAUCGAGUUUCUACAUUCAAUAACUGCCAACUGGAUGGCUGGGAACACGAGGUACUACAGACACAAAGUGAUCAUCAAGAACAAUUCUCAGAAACAGAUAUCGGAUCUCAAGCUCAAGAUUGAAGACCUCUCAGGACCUAUAUGGGGGCUAAUCCCAACGGGGCAAAAGAAUACCUACCAGCUUCCUCAGUGGCAAAAGAGACUGAGAGCCGGACAAACACAUGAUUUUGUCUAUGUACAAGGUGGUCCUCAGGCUAAAGUAUCAGUCUUAAGUUACUACUAAGACUCUUUAUUAGCAUUCUGAGAAAUGUAACUUUGCAUCCCUUUGAGAGAUGUUUUUGUUGUCACUCAUUGUAGGAUUAACGAAGGGAAAGACAAUGAUAUAACACCAAAAGUACUCAAAACUGAGCUUAAUUUAAACAUCAAAACCAAAAAUUCAAAGGUUCUGAGAAAAA